AUGGGUCGUCGUAAAUUGCCGUCCAUUCCACCAUACUCGUCCUAUUCAGCAACUCCACUUGCUUAUUCAGCACCACCAACUCCAUUCAGUGGAACCAUCGGCAUGCCUGCUCAAUCUCUGCUUCCUCUAGCUGUCCAGACUCAGACCGAUUCCCCUAGACAAAGGUCCCUCAGGGCACAAACAUCCCUUGCACCAGUUUACAUCAAUGCCAGCGCUCCUAUUCCGUCUACCUCGUCUUGCUAUUCGCCAUUCACCGUCAGCUCUACCUGCACACAAACGAUUACCACGCUUCCUUCCUUCGAGAAACUGCCAAAUGGCCAAAUGUCUGCCGAUUACUCACGUCCUUCUUCAGUUACUUCCGUUACCACAUCAUCUCCUCUUACUCGACCAUAUGACCCUGCCAUUAUUCCAGGUGCUUCUUUCAGACUCACUGCCAAACAUAGAACUGUUCUGCGCCAACCCGUAUCUAUUAUUACUUCUAAAGCAUCUAAUGCGCCAAAAAUCCCUAAUACUCUCGCUCGUGUUCUUUUGAAAAAGGAACUCAAAGAAGCGCUAUCUCGUCGUCGAGAAGCACUGGAGGCCUGUGAGAUUGAGGCGAACCAGCGGCAGUACAUCGUUCAUAAAAUGCUUGUUACCGGUCUACUUCCAGAGGCUCGUGAAGACGACAUUCCGAAGGUUACUCCCUGCAUGCUUCCCAUCGAGCUCAUCAGUGGUGCCAGAGUGAUGCCAAAAUCUGUUCACACAGUUGCGACACAAAUGUCUGAUCAAGAUUUUCGGUUUCCCACUAGGACAUCGGAACACGUACAGUGCAAACCCCAUUUGACUUCGCCAGUAACUGUUCAAGAGAACGUAUCUCCUUCUCCUGUUUCUCGAGUUCAAUUUAAGCCGUCAACGUCACUACGGGCUCAACUUAAUGUAGAAAGAAAGCCUCAGUACAGAGACUUCACUAGCGCGAGAAAUGUUGAGACCCAGACCGAGCAACUCUUUUCCUCCGAUUAUUCAGCCUCUAGUCGUCAAAAGCCAUCAACAGGUCGUGGACUGUCAACUCAGUCCUCCAGAAGCAAUGCCACUGUGCAAACGAACGAUUUACUAGAAGCUACGAAAAAGUAUUUCGAGGACUACGAUCGUCAGCUUAAUGAGCUCACGGAGAAAUCAAAACGAUCCGCACAGCGCAGACAGUUUGACUUUCAUGACGACGAUCCACUGAGUAGAGAACAACGUCGUAUACAACUAAUAAACGAGUUAGCUCAACGCCGUGAACGCAUGCUAGCCCAAGUUGGACUACCAUCAGAGACAAUGCCGUACCGAUCCUAUCACUCGCAACUAGCUCUCGAUUCGUCAGAUUACCCAUUGUCGAUUCCACAGUACGGAUCGUUGCCCCGUAUCGACUACCCAUGUCGCAGCAGACGAUCUCCACUUACUCGCGACUUCACUGUUCGCGAAAGGUUGCCAUUCACUACCAAUUCGUUUUACAACUACGGCUCCCUACCUCGUAAUUACGAAAGGUGCCUCGGGCAGCAGGUUCCGAUCCAGGUUGACUACGAGCAAUCCUUUGGUGCCAGACCCGUCACUGCCGGCACUGCUUCACGCUCUAUGUUUGACCUGCAUUCAGAUAAUAUCAUUGACCCUCGCUACCAUCUUCCACCAACGGAUGUUCGUUCGCUAAAUUAUUUGGAUCAAAUCGGGGUCGAUCGGAUGGAUUGUCCAACUUAUUCCACUCAAAUGAGAGCUAAUCCAUAUCUUACCAGCGGUGUCUACCCUAAUGACGCGAAUAUUCUGACACAACCGUUUAGCGCCCAACAGGAUGAUAUGGUCUCGCGAUAUGCAACUUAUCUGAAUCAGCAGUUUCAAACUGGGCUGCUUAAUCAGUCUGAUGUUUCUCGAAGUUCCUACAUACCUUCCACAGCACCGGCGGUCAGAUACGAUCCACAGCCAACCGAUCCGUAUUUUACCACACUACCUCCGACGUAUUUGCCUCCCUUUACUUACUGUGAACCCGUUGGAGUCAAAAAUUUGCCAUAUGAAGUCCCUCAGGUGUAUAGUCGAAAUGAAACUAAUUACGGUGCGCGCCCUCCAAACUGCCCUCUAGACUACGGGAACAGGUUGUUACGAACAACAGAAUUUCCGCCUUUUGAAGAUCCUUAUUCUAAUUCCUUAUAUAACACCAGUGGUGUGCUCAGCGGACAGGCAGUGCCACAAUUCAGUCAGACAAUUCCGAACUACACGCCGUUACGCUCCAGUUACCCAUCCAUGAUAUCCAAUGGUCUUCCUUACGUGGGUAAAAACACUUCCCGAACGUGGUCUGGCAAUUUGAUGCCAUCUAGCUACGAUGCCCAAUAUCCGCAUGAGGAUGCACUCACAAGAAUGUAUGCGACUAUCGGUCGUAGACGUCCUGCCACCUCAGGUAUGCCGACGUACGUCCAAGAUGAUGGUGCUCCUAGUCCUUCGUUUUUCAUGAACGAUCGACUAUGGAAAUCUCAUUCUGCUGUAACACUUGAAACUCUUUUAGAGUCGCAUGGACGUAAACACUCCUUCAGCUGGGAAAAGACUUCGGAUUAUCCAGGACCAGUGAAGCGUUUGGCUGAGCGCAUUGCAGACCUCGGCAUUCGAGUUGUUGGCGGUAAGCGGAUGCCGAACGGAGACCUGGGUGCGUUCGUUUCGGCGGUCAACCAAGUCAAGAACAAUCAAAUCCUGGGCGAAGUCAAGGAAGGCGACCAAGUCCUCGAAUGGAACGGCGUGCUGUUGAACGGAAAGACUUUCGAGGAAGUGGAGAGGAUCGUCAACUCCAGCAGUGGUGAAGUGGAAAUCAUAUUAAAAUCGGAAGGGGAAGAAUCUCAUCGCAUUUCCAAUCUCCGGAAGUAUUAUCAGAAUCGGGAUAAGAAACGCUCGGCCAAUCUCUGCACAGCAUCGCAAUCUUUGCAGAGAACAUUCAGAAUUAAUGACGUUUCACCAGAUCGAACGCCACCGGUGCCUAUGCAUCGUCGAAACGGUUACGAGAACAACUACGGACGACAGAAUGCCGCGUCCAGAAUCUACGACAAUGUCGACGGAUUCAACUUUGCCGACGAUGCAGCGUUGAAGAAACAACAGGAUUCACUUGGCUACUUACAAAUAGCAGUGUCGUACGAUCGCCAUACCUCUCGACUCAUUGUCAGGAUUAUCGCUGCCCGAGGACUGAAGAUGCGCGAUCCUAUUAGGCAUCUCGCUCCUAACCCUUUCGUCAAAAUUUACCUGCUACCGGCUAGAAAGGUAUCUAAUAAGCGACGAACUCGAUUCGUCCCGUGUUCUACGAACCCGGAAUGGAACCAGAUCGUCGAAUGGCAGGUGUUACCGAUGGCAUUAUCUUCCGUUUUUCUGGAGUUCUCUGUCUGGGACUACGAUCGUGUUACCGAAAACAAUGCACUUGGACAAGUUACCAUUAGUCUUGCCGGUGAGUGCUGUAAACGGUCUUCCUUUUUUUUCAACACUAGAACAAAGCUGCGACUACUGUCAUUAACUGUAGGACUGGUUUGGUAA